AUGGCGGCGCUGCGGCUCCUCCCGGCGGCGCUCGGGCGCUGCGUCCCCGCCGGCCGCGCGGGGCGCGCGGUGGCCCAGGGCGGAGUGCGCGGCCUCGCCACCAGCGCUCGUGCCCGCGCCCAAUUCUACACGGAUCCCCUGGAGGCGGUGCAAGACAUCUCCGACGGGGCGAAGAUCAUGGUCGGGGGCUUCGGGCUCUGUGGGAUUCCGGAGAACCUGAUCGGGGCGCUGCUCAAGACCCGUGUGAAAGACUUGACCGUCGUCAGCAGCAACGUGGGGGUGGACGACUUCGGGCUGGGCCUGCUCCUGGGGACCAAGCAGAUCACCCGCAUCAUCUGCUCUUACGUGGGAGAGAACGCGCUGUGCGAGCAGCAGUACCUGGCGGGCGAGCUGGAACUGGAGCUGACGCCCCAGGGCACCCUGGCCGAGCGAAUCCGCGCCGGUGGGGCCGGAGUGCCCGCCUUCUACACGCCCACGGCCUACGGGACCCUGGUGCAGGAAGGCGGCGCCCCCAUCAGGUACUUCCAGGACGGCCACAUCGCCAUCCUGAGCCAGCCGAGAGAGGUGAGGGAGUUUCACGGGCACCACUACCUGCUGGAGCACGCCAUCACGGCGGACUUCGCUCUGGUGAAAGGGUGGAAGGCCGACCGCGCAGGAAACGUCAUCUUCAGGCGAAGCGCCCGGAAUUUCAACGUGCCCAUGUGCAAAGCUGCGGAAACCUCAGUGGUAGAAGUUGAAGAAAUCGUGGAUGUGGGGUCGUUUGCCCCAGAAGACAUCCAUGUUCCUAACAUUUAUGUAGAUCGCGUCAUACAGGGGGAAAAAUAUGAGAAAAGAAUUGAGCGUUUAACAGUCCGGAAGCAAGAAGAUGGAAAAGCCAAGUCUGCAGAUGAUAUACGGACACGAAUCAUCAAACGGGCAGCUCUUGAAUUUGAGGAUGGCAUGUAUGCCAAUUUGGGCAUAGGAAUCCCUCUUCUGGCCAGCAACUACAUCAGCCCGGAUAUAACUGUUCAUCUUCACAGUGAGAAUGGUGUCCUGGGCUUGGGUCCAUUUCCACUAAAAGAUGAGGUGGAUGCAGAUCUCAUCAAUGCUGGGAAGCAAACGGUCACCAUUUUCCCCGGGGGCUGUUUUUUCUCCAGUGAUGACUCGUUUGCCAUGAUCCGAGGAGGCCACAUCAACCUCACCAUGCUGGGAGCCAUGCAGGUUUCCAAAUACGGCGACCUGGCCAACUGGAUGAUCCCCGGAAAGAGGGUGAAAGGCAUGGGGGGUGCGAUGGAUUUGGUGUCCAGUACCAAGACCAGAGUGGUGGUCACCAUGGAGCAGUGCACCAAGGCCAACGAACCCAAAAUCGUGGAGAAGUGCACGAUGCCCCUGACCGGGAAGCGGUGUGUGGACCGAAUCAUCACGGAGAAGGCCGUGUUUGACGUGCACGAGAAGAGAGGGCUGACGCUGACCGAGCUCUGGGAAGGCCUGACGGUGGAGGACAUCAAGAAGAGCACGGGGAGCACCUUUGCCGUCUCUCCCAAUCUCAGACCCAUGCAGCAGGUGGCAGCCUAACCGGGAGAAGACCUUGUCACAGAGCGUGUCUGUCACGUUAACCUCGCGGGAUUUCAUCCAAAGGAAGUCGAGAACCACAUGUAUACGUUUCACAGGCAGUCUGACCAGCUUUCUCCUGGCAUCUCAGACUUGCUGACUUUGUUCUCUCCAGAGGGAUAUGACUUUAAUUAAAAACAAAAGGGAACAUAGAAGUUUAUCGUGUGUG